UUGUCCUGCGCGAGUGUCCGUAGAACAACACGGAAGUGGAAGCGGAAAAGCAUUCCACCAUAACGUUCACAUAAAUUAUGUCGCGUUUAUCUUGUAGUGGCGCUGUCACUCAACCGCAUAGCUUCCAUAUAAUAAGGCAAAUACGACGAUGUAGGAUUUAAACGAAUUACCUUUACGCUCGCCGUUGUAGUUAUGUUGUUUUAAAGGAGCCUCGUUGUUAGCUAGCUGGCUAUCCCAGCUGGGUGGCUAACGAACGAGAACCCGUCCAAAAUUGGUUGAUUAUUUUUCUAGAAUAAAAUGGUUCAAAACAUGUUCCGUACCGGGUUCCUGGUUCGGGCCACACACACCGUGUUGACCUGGGUUAUAACGCUGAUUCUGUUCGUGCACAACACCGAUUUGCGCCAGUGCGAGGAGCGCGGCGAGCUGACGGUUCCUGUGCUGUUCUUCCUGCUGGUGGUAUUGUCGGUGCUGCUGUACUUUGCCGUUUCUCUCAUGGACCCGGGCUUCGUCCUCGCGGACACUGUCAAGCCUUCAGAUCUGGAAACCGAGUCCAUGAUGCCUCAGUCUUCCACUUGCCGUUUGCGGCGUUGCGGCUUCUGCCUACUGCAGCAGCCAAUGAGAGCCAAGCACUGUCCGACGUGCUCUCGUUGCGUGCGGCGCUUCGACCACCACCGCCC